AUGGGAGGAACAUAUCUACUGGAUUAUGGUGCAGGCAACGUCCGGAGUCUGGUCAACGCGGUCAAGAAGCUAGGCCAUGAUAUCACGUUCGUCAAGGAUCCCUCGGAUAUCCUCAAAGCCGACAAACUAAUCUUCCCAGGAGUAGGCGCGUUCGGCAGCGCAAUGACUUCGUUGCACACCAAGAACUAUGCGGAACCGCUGAAACAAUACCUCAGCCUGAACAAACCGUUCAUGGGGAUUUGUGUGGGCAUGCAAACCCUCUUUGAGGGCUCGGACGAAACCCCCUCGAUCCCAGGCUUGGGUAUCAUCCCCGGUCGUGUCCGGCUUUUCGAAUCCACCGAUAAGGCCGUCCCCCACAUGGGCUGGAACACUGCUCGAUCGAUCCAGGGACUCGACAGAGCUGCACAAUGUGGACUCGAACAGAACCGGGCUUAUUAUUUCGUCCAUUCCUUUGCCGUCCCCUGGAAGGAAGGUAGUCCCGAGGCUCUGGAAUGGGCGCUGACGACGACCCAGUAUGGGAAUGAGGUCUUUGUGUCGUCCGUGAGGAGAGGGAAUAUCUUUUGUACGCAGUUCCAUCCAGAGAAAUCGGGAUUUGCGGGCGUGAAUGUCUUGAAGGCCUUCCUGGAUGGGACGGCCGGGAUGGGGGCCGAGGCGGAUCUGGAGCUGUUGAGGACCCAGAUCGGACAGGAUAGACGGAUCCCCGGGGCGUUGUCGUUGUUGGCGCCAGAGUAUGCGGUCCCAAAUUCGGUCGACGAAUUCACGAAACGGAUUGUCGCCUGCCUGGAUGUCCGGGCGAACGAUCAGGGGGAUCUGGUCGUCACCAAGGGAGACCAGUAUGAUGUUCGGGAGCAGAAGGCCGAUGGUGCCGGAUCGGGUGAUGUCCGUAACCUGGGCAAGCCCGUGGAACUCGCGCGGCGGUAUUUUGAGGAGGGUGCGGACGAGAUCACGUUCUUGAACAUCACAUCGUUCAGGAACUGUCCUCUGUUGGACAUGCCCAUGCUCGAGGUCCUGCGCCGGACGAGUGAGUCGGUCUUUGUGCCGUUGACGAUCGGAGGCGGGAUCAAGGACGUGGUCGAUCCCGAUGGUAAGCUCCACCCGGCGCUCGAGGUCGCGGGCGAGUAUUUCAGAUCCGGCGCCGAUAAGGUCUCGAUUGGCUCGGAUGCGGUCUAUGCGGCCGAGAAGUUUUAUGCCCUUGGCGGCAAGGGCGACGGGACGAGCGCGAUUGAGACGAUUGCGCAUGCAUACGGAUCUCAGGCCGUGGUCAUCUCGGUCGAUCCCAAGAAGGUCUAUGUCAACACUCCCGCGGAUGCGCCUACACACCAUGUGAUCGAGCCCCUUCAGCUGGGCCCCAAUGGCGAGAAGUAUUGCUGGUACCAGUGUACCGUGAGCGGUGGACGUGAGGGCCGAGAUCUGGACGUGCUUCAGCUCGUGGUCGCCUGUCAGGCCUUGGGUGCGGGUGAGAUUUUGUUGAAUUCGAUGGAUCAGGACGGUAUGAAGCAAGGAUACGAUCUGGCCUUGAUCCAGGAUGUCAGGAACGCUAUCCGUAUUCCUGUCAUUGCGUCCUCUGGUGCGGGUGCGCCUCAGCAUUUUGUCGAUGUCUUUGAGAAGACCGGAGUCGAGGCUGCGUUGGCUGCUGGAAUCUUCCAUAGGAGAGAGGUGCCCCUCGAGGACGUCAAGAACACUCUCAAGCAGAACGGCGUCCGCAUCCGUAGUAUUGACGCUCCCCUUGCCGUUUAG